GCUCCCCGUAGAUGCCUGUCUUAACAAGUGCCAACAGGCGCUAUCACAGGUGCCAACAUGCCAACAUCCGAUCCUUUGGGCUUACCGUACCGGUAGCUGCCACCAAGAUAAACUGCAUUUGUGCACUUUGGCAAAACAUCAUUUUACAACGCUACUAACAUGAAGGUAUCCUCGCUCCCCGCUUUUCUAGCAGCACCAAUCCUGUUGCUUGCUGUUCCAAUUGUGAAUGGUUUUUCAACAGUCGUCUAUGGUCCUCAAUCAAGAGAACUGCUACUGUUGGUGUCCAAGAUUUCCGCCGAAAAAGGAAUUACAACCUCCUGUAUUUGUGCUCCAGGCACAGAAGAAGGAUGCCGACGAUUAAUGUAUGGAUCAGAUUAUGCCAAUGCAGGAAUUGACGUUGAGGGAAAUGCCAAACCAAUUUCAGAUUCUGAAGACAUGGGUGCUGCACUGGGAGAUGCUACCUCUUUGGUAUUGGUUGGGAACGACAAUCCCGUUGAAGCCUCGACAUUGGAAACAUUCCUGAAAUACUCGUCGGAGAAACUGGAAAAGAUUAUCCUCAUUUCCAAAAUGGGUGUCAAGGGUGGUGGUGGAGGUUUCUUUGGUGGCGGUGCCAACAAAGCCGUGCUUCAGUCCGAAGAAGGAUUGGCCAAGCUAGCCAAGGACAAAAAUUUGGACUUUUCGAUUAUACGAGCAGGAAUCACCAAGGGAGGUGGGCCUGGAGAGGUUGAUGAGGAUGGUGAUGCGAUUCAACCCUUUGGGCUGGAUAAGACCUACUACAAUACCAUUAUUGAUGUGGUUGAAUACAAGGUCACUCUUGCACAUGACAAAUUCUCCCUGGGGGCUGACACCACCAGUGUCGUCCAAGGAGAUCCGCACAGCAUGCCAAACAUGAUGACUCAAAUGGGCACCAAGACAUCGUUUGAUCCAAGUCCCACAGAUACGAAUCGGAUUGUGGCGGCUUCAGCUGCCGUAGCGGCUCUGGAUAUGGGGCCUUUGGAGAUCUCUGUUGGUACGGCUGAAGGCAAAGCAGUCCCCACAUCGGAAGAAUGGAAAGAGCUUUUGGAGCCUCUUCAGCACUAGCUAGGCUAGCUAGAAAGUAUGCUAUGAACAAUCUAUAUCUCUAUCUAUCUGUCUUCAAUCCAUUUCAUCCGAGGCAGCCAUUUUCCGAUUGAAGUCAACAUGAAAAGCAACCCAUCUAAACUGGAGUUUCAGGAGUUUCACAAGUUCAAGAGCUAUUCUUGAGGAAGACUAGUACCCGACUAAGGCCUUAGCCGUUUGUAUUCUAGUUGACAUGGGCAGUGCAGUACUAGCACGACUAUCUACCG